CAGCGUUGUUCUCGGAUCUAUGAAAGUGAGAUCAAUUCGAGGUUAUGUUGGAAAGGUCUAACGUGCACGUCAAAACCUCGUCCCCCAUGUCCUGUUCCCUCGGCAGCCCCCCCCCCCCCUCGCCCGCUGACCGCUGACAUGCCGCAGCCGCCUGCUGACAGCGACUCUGUCACCGCUGACCCCUCGCCACCCCUCCUCCGCCCACCGGGAUGCGAUUCCGCUCAUCGCGACGCUCAGAUUAUCAUCAUCGAGAUCACGUGUGGCCUAGCGCUAUCGAGCUCCGCCACGAUAGCGUUCGGCGCGGCUCGGCCCGCUCGAGCGGCCGCUCCACAGGUGCCUGGGACGCGUCCCGCCGCAGCCAUGGAGCACCGCCGCGUCACCAUGUCGCCGCUGGUGAUGGUGAUGAUGGUGGGAUUGGUGGUGCCGUUCACCAAUGCAGCGGCGGCGGUGAUGGCGACUCCGCUCGGCGCUACAGACUACCAAGCCGAAAUCCUGGAUCAGGUCAACAUCAUGGACCAGCUACUCAGCAACAUGACUAUCGAGCUGAGCAAAGCGACCCCAGAUCCGACCGGGGCGCCACCGGACGAGGAGACGGAACCGGACGGGCCGGACAAUCUGAAGCUAGACCACCCCAUGGACACGCUGGAGCUCCUGCCGCACGGCAAGGCGUUCGACAAACGGAGCGCGCAGUGGCUUCCCGAGCUGCCCAAAACCCUGAACCUGCAGAGAGAAGAAAACCUCCAGUCGGAGACGAACGCGUGUCACAAGAACGACGUCAGCACGACCCUGAACGGUUCAGUUGCUGUGCUUGACCGUGUCUCUGCUAGAGAGUUCACCCCAGAUGUCCUGGCCGACAUGAAAGCACAGAAUGAUGCACUGGACACGUUCUUCACUAAAUGUUCGCUGAGCGCUAUGGACUACGCGGAAGCCCAGGAACUGCUCGGUUCCGUGGCAGCGACGGAGACGCACGUGACUGCGGCUAAGGCGGCGGCCACACCGGCCGAGGUGGGCCUAGAGGUUGGCUCUGCCUUCAUGGUGGUGCUCAUCACUCUCAGCUGCCUGAUGGCGGUCGCCGCGAUGGUCGGCCUGGCCGUGGUGGGCUACCGUUACGCCACCGUCACGGCCCGUCCCUCUGCGCGCCCCACCAAGGGCGGCGGCGGACCGACCAUCCCGGCGGACAGGGUGCGCCCGGACGCCGGUCGGCCGAACCCGGCCUAUGAGCCGGCCGACCCGCCCGGCAGUCUGCACCAGGCGCGCAACGAGCGCUGGCGACAGGACGGCGAGGUGACGCCGCACCGGCCGGCCGCUUCAAAGUCCACCUGGGGCCGCAUCUGGGGCGGCGUGGUGCGCGACUACCAGCGUGCGCGCGACUCGUACGCCGAGCCGCGCCGCGCCUCGCCUCCGCCGCGCCGCGCCUCGCCUCCUCCGCGCCGAGCCUCGCCCCCUCCUCGCCGAGCCUCGCCGCCACCGCGCCGGGCCUCGCCCCCUCCUCGCCGAGCCUCGCCGCCACCGCGCCGCUACUCGCCGCCGCCGCAGCCGGAGAGUGGCGACAACUGGGCAUACGGACCGUCCGGGCGCAACAAGUCGACCGACUCUCCGUUCGCCUCAGCCUGGUAGGAGUUCAGAUCGAUGUUCCAUGUGUUCGGAUGCUCUGUGGAGUUGUUACUCUGAGCUCCAGUUUGGGACAGGUCUGCUGCCCAGUGCGUGAGCGGCGCAUGUAGCAGCUUGAUGGACUGCCUGGGCUCAGGACAGGAGUAAUACCAGUGUAAUCUGGCAGGUCUCAGUGAGACUGGAUGCGAGGAUAUCGAAGGCGAUGUGAGGACUCAGGCGACGGUAUAUGGUGAAACGUGCUGGCUCACACUUCCAAGAAGGCAAGGAUAGCAAUAUAUGGAAGACUGUGCUUCGCCACUCCACGAAAUUUUCAGCGGCACGACGUCUCUUGUGAUUUGUGAGCGGUAAUUUACUUCAUAAUGAGGAUUCACGAUGGGUGUGCAAGAAUUUGUGUUCUAAAAUUCCAUCGCCGGUGUAGGUAUAUAGAGAGUUGACACUGCAUAUUUAAAUGCCUAAGGCAUGUGUAGCUUCUAGGAUUGCAUGUGGGUGACGAUACCAGUCUAUUGGCUCUUGGUGAUAGACCUUCCAAGUAACUACGUAAGUUCAACUUUUGGCCGAAAAUUAAUUCCUUAAUUUGUUAAUUGCCGAGCACUUGAAGUAUUUUCUCAACUGUUGCCUAGAAAUAUCAUUGCUAUUGUUUAUUUUUCUUCUUGUUCUUGCUUUUCACCGCUUACUGGAGAUUUUUAUUAGUAUUUGUAUGCUGCCGCGAACGUGCAUAUUGCGCUACAGCGAAAUGAAUGCAUACAAAUGAGAUUCUGUGAAAUGUAUAUGUUAGUACGAUUGAAAGCUCAUCUUUUUUCAAUUAAUUAAUGUUCCUGAAUGAAGUCCUCGUUAAAACCCUCAGCUGGUGUGGCAGACAGCAUCUGUGUUAGCUGGUGACAAAUCCGAGUUCUAUCAGAUACGUGCGAUCCGAAACAUCCCGGCAGGGGGCGAGCCUCGGCAAGCCAGCCAAUGGCGGCCCAUGGUUGGCGAUAGAGUACAGUAAAUCAGACGUUGACUCUCCUCUCCUGUUUAUAGCAGCGCUGCCAACCUACCCAUGGUUGGAGCGGAACCUAUUGUAAUUGCGUAGGUAGACGUGACAAAUCAUGUGAAGAUAAAGGUCUGUGUCCGUACCCCUGCGCGUAUGGCGCUCUGACCACAUUUUACCAAAAUAUAUGAGGACCCUGA